UCUUAAAAUGUAUUUGUGGACGAGUAUUUGUUUUGUGCUGCAGGGAUGGGGUGCGGCGUUGGGAGCGCUGGGUUUCGUGACCAGGUGGUGGGGCUGGGCUAUCUGUGGGAGACAUGGACAGAGGCAGAACAGGUAGUGGUGGUGUACUCCCUUAUCAGGCGCCUCAGUCCAAUCCCUGCAAGAUUCCUCCUCAACGUGCUCACCCACACCACCGCGCCCGACGCCGCCGACCUUGCCCCUGCCGAGGCCACUGCCAAUGACCCAGAUCUUCCUGAUGAAUUUGCAGUGGCUGAAAAAGAGUUCUUUGGAUGGGCAAACCAUUUUAAAAUUUUAUAUUAGAGGCGAAGUCAUGGCCAAGAACGGUGUAUAGCCAUUUUCGUGGCUUCGAAUUCUGCAAAAUGCUUAAUGCUUUGAUGGUAUUCUGCAUCAAAAACAACCUAAGACUCCCAUGGUACCAUUGAUGUCAUGCUGUAUCAGCAACAACCUAAGACUACAAUGGUACCAGUGAUGUCAUGCUGUAUCAGCAACAACCUAAGACUACAAUGGUAUCAGUGAUGGUAUGCUGUAUCAGCAACAACCUAAGACUACAAUGGUACCAGUGAUGGUAUGCUGUAUCAGCAACAACCUAAGACUACAAUAUUACCAGUGAUGGUAUGCUGUAUCAGCAACAACCUAAGACUACAAUGGUACCAGUGAUGGUAUGCUGUAUCAGCAACAACCUAAGACUACAAUGGUACCAGUGAUGGUAUGCUGUAUCAGCAACAACCUAAGACUACAAUGGUACCAGUGAUGGUAUGCUGUAUCAGCAACAACCUAAGACUACAAUGGUAUCAGUGAUGGUAUGCUGUAUCAGCAACAACCUUAGACUACAAUGGUAUCAGUGAUGGUAUGCUGUAUCAGCAACAACCUAAGACUACAAUGGUAUCAGUGAUGGUAUGCUGUAUCAGCAACAACCUAAGACUACAAUGGUAUCAGUGAUGGUAUGCUGUAUCAGCAACAGCCUAAGACUACAAUGGUAUCAGUGAUGGUAUGCUGUAUCAGCAACAACCUUAGACUACAAUGGUACCAGUGAUGGUAUGCUGUAUCAGCAACAGCCUAAGACUACAAUGGUAUCAGUGAUGGUAUGCUGUAUCAGCAACAAGUUAAUUAUAUUAAACCUGCAAAGAAACAAGUAACGAUGACUACCAACAAUUCCAAGCUCAUCACCGUGCUCCCUGGACUGUAUGGUUGGGCUAAACUGUGGCCAGCUGUUACCAGCUGUGAUCAGAGCCUUUUACGAUGUCAGUCGACUGUUGUAACCAGACUUGUGAGAACCAGUUUUUAAUGUGAAUCACUGUAUGAAUUGUUUUUAAUGUGAAUUACUGUAUGAAUUAUUGUUUUUAAUGUGAAUUACUGUAUGAAUUAUUGUUUUUAAUGUGAAUCACUGUAUGAAUUAUUGUUUUUAAUGUGAAUCACUGUAUGAAUUAUUGUUUUUAAUGUGAAUUACUGUAUGAAUUAUUGUUUUUAAUGUGAAUCACUGUAUGAAUGAUUUUUUUAAUGUGAAUCACUCUAUGAAUGUUUUUAAUGUGAAUCACUCUAUGAAUGAUUGUUCAUCGUAUCCUUAAGGAGCUUACAGUCACAGACAACUUGACUUUUACAUUGCUAUAACAAUGUACAAUACCCAAAAGUUGAUGAAUAAUAAACAUGUGCAACACUUCGGUGUUUUUAUUUCCGAACGUUUGCCUAUACUGCAGGCUUUAUCAACCCAAUACCAAAGUGAGUAAAUUUGGAGACUGCAUAAACAGUGGAAAGGUCAAGAUGAUGUAACCAGUCCCUGGGUGCUCAUCUUGUGGUAUAAUAGCUGUCUGUGUAGCUUGACCA